AUAACUAAUACGGGUCACCCGGGUAGCAAUGGUUAUGACCCAGUUAAUGGAUGUUAUGCGGGUUACCCAGGUAACCUUAUACGGGUACAAUCUCUAGGCGAAACUAGAACACCCUUACUUUGGCGAAUUUACUACGACCCAUUAAUUACCUAUAUACACAACAAAUACAAAGGAUAUACCUCAUCA